GCGUGCGCGCGCGCCGCACUUCCAGGAAGGGGCUUUAUUUACGUGCGCGCCGCCGACACGUGAAAGGGAAACAGACGACAAGACAAAAGAAGUUUGUCUCUCUGUUCUCUUUUCUGGUGCCACGCGGAGCAAUGGAGCGGCAGCAGGAGCAGAAAUAGCGGGGAUCGGCUGGCGACAACUUGUCCGUGGCUCCCACGACUCAUCAGAGGACGAAACGCGAUUUUUUUUUUUUUUUUUUUUUUAAAUCAAAAAGAAGUUGAAGGGCGAUCAUGUCCGAAUCCCCCAUUGCUGUAGCCAAGCAGGAGAGGCGCUCUUUCAGCCCUUCCGCCAACCCGCUGCCAAACUCCACUUCCUCCCCCGUCCACGCUCCCGCCGCCAGCACGGCCAGCCAAACGGAGGAAAAGCCUGCCAGGCUGCCUGCGCACCUGCGUUUGCAGCCGGUGUUCUGGAGCAGAGACGACGUGGCGCAGUGGCUCCGCUGGGCCGAGAAGGAAUUCGCGCUACGGCCCAUCACGAGCGGAUCCUUCCAGAUGAACGGCAAAGCCCUGUUGCUGCUCACAAAAGAGGACUUCCGCUACCGUUCACCUCACUCCGGUGAUGUCUUAUACGAGUUGUUGCAACACACCCUGAAGCAAAGGAAAACACAGGUGUUCUACCCCUCAGGGUACUUUCCCGGAAAUUCCUUCCACCUGCUGCCCGAGAACGGCGCUCAGCACCUGAAGCAUGAAGAAACGGUACGACGGACACCCUGCGCGCCACAACCCCUAUCCCAGCACCCUCCGACCAUCGAGUUACGCCACCGCUCCCGCUCGCCCCACCGCCCGCCCGCGCAGCAAUCCCCACCUGAGCCAAACCAUCAACGAGCGGCCGGUGAGGACCACCUUCAGGCCUUCUCCCAGCUGCCAGACAGUAACCACCACCUGCCUGAGGACGUGUACCCCCUCCCCGUUUCCCCUGGCGUGAACCCCAGGGAAGCGCCGUGUCUGGAGAGCCCCAGAGGUCAAGAAUUAGGCCCUCCUCCGCGCGUCAUCCAGCUCAUGCCCAGCGCCAUCAUGAACCCUCUGUUUCCAAACACGGGCAGAGGCGGCACUGCCGCCGCAUUGGACUUCAGACAUAGCCGGGGCGGGCAUCUAGAGAACGGCCGCGAUUUCAAAGCCCACCAGCAGAUGCAUCCGCAUCAUCACCUUCUAAAUCAGCAGGACGAGACACUUUACAGGAACAUCAUCAUGCCCGUGUCUCCUCCGGAGGAUCACCAGUUGCCCAUAGGGCGGAUAGCAGACUGCAGGCUACUAUGGGACUAUGUCUACCAGCUCCUGUCAGACAGUCGGUACGAGAAUUUCAUCCGCUGGGAGGACCCGGAGAGCAAAAUCUUUCGCAUUAUGGACCCCAACGGGCUGGCCAGACUGUGGGGCAACCACAAGAACAGGACCAACAUGACGUAUGAGAAGAUGUCACGUGCACUGAGACACUACUACAAGUUAAACAUCAUCAGGAAAGAACCUGGACAAAGACUUUUAUUCAGGUUCAUGAAGACCCCAGACGAGAUCAUCAACGGCCAGACGGACCGCCUGGACCGUUUGGAGCACCUGGAGGCGGACACGUACGAACAAAUUUACAUCAAAGAGGAGUGCUGAGGAACUCUGGGAAAGCCAAUCGAGUGAACUUUUACUACUGCAACAGCCGCCGAUGCCUUUUUUUGUUGAGAAGCAGCUUGAACAAUUGUUGUCCAACCUCAAAAGGUUCAUCACUCAUUUGCUAUCAUCCGCUCCCGAUGCAGCGGUGUGAAAUAUUUCUCCAAAACGCCCAAGAAUAAUUUACUGUAGUUUAAAAUUUUGUUGAACGGACUGUGCUGAAUUUUUAUUUUGGAUGAACCAAUCACUUUUGUGCUUUUUCUUUUUUUUUUUUUAAUGUUAUUAAAUAUGUUUCCAUGCAUUAAAAUUGUGUGCAAGAAGGAAGAUUUGAGUGUGAACUAAACAUUUUUUUUGCAUCAAACUGCAGCAAGGCCAAGGACGAAAAGUGGUAUUUGCCAUGUGGCAAAAUGUAUUUUGACAUGUGGCAAAAUGUAUUUUGAGAUGUGGCCUUUUCUUUUUUUUUGGUAUGUGUGUGUGU